AUGGCUUCGAAAGACACACUCCUCAACUCGAUUCUUGCACACUUCGAGCCGAAGCUCCGAGACUUAGCAUCUCAACAAGACCAGUUGAUGAAUAUGAGGGAGAGUCUCUUGGUCCAGCGAGAGGAUGCGCUUGCGGACAAGAAGGCAGUGCGGGAGCAGAGGAUACGAACAGUCAACGCAGAAGUUGCACUGAUGAAUGCAUUCCGCAAACACUAUAAACAGCUGGACCGACCAUUGCCUAAAAAUCUCAUGGAUGCAUACGAGGCAGCAGAGAAACAACAACAAGAACUGAGAUCAUGGGAAGAGUCGUUGUUAGAAGCGGAAGAAGACUUGGGUGCGUCGGAGUGGACGUUCGCGGAUCUGGAGACAGAAUUUUAUCAGUACAAGAUCACCCAAUUAUUCUCUGACGAUAUUAACACAGAGGAUAUAAAGAAUUUAAUCAAAGGGGGAGGAAGUUUGAAACCCGAUCAAGACCUUGACUUUCAGCCAUCGAUCCAAGCUCAAUAUCAAACCAUCGAAUUUAAGCACAAUCAGCUUUCUAAGCGGUUUGAAGCUUUACGGAAGCAACAAGCGCUUCGUUUGGAUACUUUUACUCAGUCGGGUGAUAUGUCCUUGGUUCUCGCGGAGAAUAAUCAAAUGAAGCUCGAAGCUGAGGCGCUGUCCAAUGGUCUAUUAGGGAUGAUUGCGGAUCACGAUAUACAAUUGCAGCAACUGCGCCCAGGCUUGCGACUUGGACCAAAUGCUCCUUUCAAAAAACUACACUUGGUAUCUGAGCCAAACGGGGAUCGGAGCCAUCAUGAUGACGACGUGAAGACAGCCUACACUUCGAGAUCAGAAGGAGCAUUACCGUCAACGGUGAAUGACGUUUCUGUGGAUGAGCGUAUGGCAGACUGGUCUUUGCAAUCACUGAAAAUGAGUGCACUGGACAAACUUCGAUAUCUGAAUAUACUGCAAUCCAAGUUGGAAGUUCAAAGGCCGACAGUGCUCGACUUCGAUCUCUUGGAACCAUUGAUCACAAAUUUAUGGAGGACGGAAGACGUCGAUCAGUCGGCAAGGCACUUGUCAGACGUAUUGGUUAACACGCCCCGUAUCAAAGGGAGCAGCGAUGCGGACACAGAAGAGGCGAAGCCUUCUUUUGAGCCGGGCACCCCGACUCAUUACUCGCUUCCACAAUCCGAAGACACGGUUACCCACGGUGACAACAAUAUCCAACAUGGACAACUUUCAGAUUUGCCAAAUUUUCCCUCUGUUAGCACACAUGCACCUGGGACAACGAUGUCCGCCAUUGUAAAAGUCUGUCGGUCUGGUUCAAAGGCCUCCGUUGGGCAAAAGCCUCAAAACCUUGUGUCAAGAAACGCCUACACUGGUAGCAGCUUUGAGAAUAUUAUUUCCAUCGACUCGAUAUCUCUAAAGCAAGAGAGCUCCUCACUGAUAAGGCAUGUUGUGAAUGAUGAGACACUGCAGAAAAUAACACCAGAUUCUAUCAGUCCAACAAUAGCUCAGGGUGAGAAUUCGAAGCUUGCUGUGCGGAUUGGCCCUUGGCCGUUGAAUGAAAAGAUGGCAGUCAUGACGUUCGGCCUCAAGACGGUGGAUUUUCUGCUUUGGGUUGAUUCCAUCGGGGUGACAAACACCUUAGGCCUCGGCAAAGGUACAUCGUGUCCGCAAGCUACUGAUACAGACGGGCGUUACCCGUUGAAGGCCUUUUUGCAAGCUCUGAUAGACUGUCUCGAGACUCGGGAGUCUGGAGCUCAGCGCCAGUGUUACCAGGCGACAGUGCUGUGCGCAAACCCCGAUUCCAUGCAGAACUAUCGCAAAGUGGGAGUAUUUGCCUCUACAUCAAACCGUGGAAAGACCAAAAGAUAUUACCCAGUGUACAACGGUCGCACGAGGCUGCAAAUCAUGAACGACGGCCAGUUAAUUAUGGGCUCGGAAAUGGGCAUGUGCAGCAUGUGUGUGCCUUCCUAA